CCUCGUUGUCUAUAUCUUUCAAAUGUUUUCAGGUAUGGGUUCUACGAUGAAUGUUUGAGAAAAUAUGGAAAUGCUAAUGUCUGGAAAUUCUUUACCGACUUGUUUGAUUAUUUGCCUUUGACUGCCCUUAUUGAGAGUCAGAUUUUCUGCUUGCAUGGUGGUCUCUCACCAUCUUUGGAUACACUGGAUAAUAUUCGGGCGUUGGAUCGCAUACAGGAGGUUCCACACGAAGGACCAAUGUGUGACCUAUUGUGGUCUGAUCCAGAUGAUCGCUGUGGUUGGGGAAUAUCUCCACGUGGUGCAGGAUAUACAUUUGGACAGGACAUAGCUACUCAGUUUAAUCAUACCAAUGGUCUCUCCCUAAUAUCUAGAGCUCACCAGCUUGUCAUGGAAGGAUACAAUUGGUGCCAGGACAAGAAUGUGGUGACUGUUUUUAGUGCACCUAAUUAUUGUUACCGAUGUGGGAACAUGGCUGCCAUACUGGAAAUUGGAGAGAAUAUGGAUCAGAAUUUUCUGCAGUUUGAUCCAGCUCCCAGACAAAUUGAGCCUGAUACUACACGAAAGACUCCAGAUUAUUUUUUGUAACUUCAUAUAUCCCUUUGUUUGUAGUUACUGCUUUCUGCUGUUACUGUAGAUGUGUCUUUAAGGAGAGAGGAGUUUCACUCUUUAAGUGGACGGUUAUCAUCAACAUAAUUCUUUCUUUUGGAGUUUGUCUGCUGUUGCCGCUGCUGCCGUCUUAUUUCGACAAACAAACAAAUAGAAUUGACACAAUUGGUGUUGUAUAUUUUUAUAGGAGGAAGCGGCAAUAACAUGGUAUAUUCUGUGCUGUAUUUUUUUAAAAUUAAUUCUCAAGUUAGAGAGCAGAUUUUUUAGUA